UGGUUCGCUAACCAACCCGAGUCCAUGUAUUGUUGAGACGUCGUGGUCGCUGCUCACAUUUCUGUCGGAUCCCGUUGGAAAAAAUGUCAACACAAAAAGAAUGUGUGACCUGCCGUCAAAGGAUCGGAGUGGCAGCAAAAACCUGUCAGCACUGCAGGGCCAAGCAGCCGUACAAAACCAAACUGGAAGCGGCAAAGAAGAAAUUCAACAAUGAGUGGAAGGAUACUCAAACUAAGAAUCAUAGCAUCAACAAAGUCUAUGAUUCAACUAAUUUACUGCUCCAUAAAUGGAACCUGUUGGAGCGGCAUCCUGUGCUCCUGCUGGGAAAGAGAAUCGGCCAGCGUUUUGUGGCAGAGUGCCUGUGCCCUCAUGAGAUGAACACUGCGCAGGAGAAGAACGCUCUCCUCGCCAUUCAGAGGAUCUAUGAAAGUCUCCUCAAUGGAGACUAUCAGUAUGGACAUCAAAGGUCAACCUGCCAUCAAUCCACAUGCCAAGUGAUGCCUCAGCAGCUGCUGGUGUGUAAAGAAGAGGUUCCCCCUGAGCAGCAGGAGUACAGCUCCAAGCAGCUUCAAGAUCUCACCAAGUUCCCCUUCACUGCUGUCACUGUGAAGAGUGAAGAUGAUGAAGAGGAAGCUCAGUGCUCACAGUUUCAUCAGAGCCAAACUGAGGAGAGCAGAGAGGCAGAGCCUCCAGCCAGCAGCUCCACUGAACAGAUGAAAACAGAAGCUGAUGGAGAGGAAGCAGCCAGGAACUCAGAUCCAGCUGCUGAUUUCCAACCAAUUAGUGAGGGCCAGCUCCUCUCUUCACACUCUUCUGAGGGUGAGACUGAUUACAGUGAUGACUGGGAGGAGACCAGAGAGCCUCGGUCAGGUUUAAACAAACUUCUUCUCAGUGAUGACAGAUCUGAUGAUGCAGAGAAACCAUCUUCCUUUCCCUUGCACAUGAACGCAGGAGAAAAACCAUGGAGUUGCUCUUUUUGCGGUAAAGGCUUUAAAAAAAAGGGACACUUGCAGACACACAUGAGAAUUCACACAGGAGAGAAACCGUAUGUCUGUUCAAUCUGUGGCAAAAGUUUUGCAUAUAAACAUACCUUCAUCACACACAAGAGGGUCCACACAGGAGAAAAACCAUUCAGCUGCUCAGUCUGCGGUAAAAGUUUUGCACAGAAAGAGUACCGUAAAACACACAUGAGAAUUCACACAGAAGAGAAACCGUUUAGCUGCUCAAUCUGCGGUAAGUGUUUUGCAUAUAAACAUACUUUCAUCAAACACAUGAGAAUCCACACAGGAGAGAAACCGUUCAGCUGCUCACUCUGUGGGAAGAGUUUUGCACGUAAAGAUAUUUUAGUCAUUCACAUGAGAGUCCACACUGGAGAGAAACCGUUCAACUGCUCAGUUUGUGGUAAAGGUUUUACGCGGAAAAGUUAUUUCAAUGAACACAUGACAGCCCAUGCAGGAGAGAACACACUCAGUUGCAGUGUAUAACUAAAAUAUUACUAUUUUGUAUUUGAUGGGCAGCUGUCAAAAUCUCUUUCUUUCUUUAUCUAAUAAACCAGUAUGCGUCUAUUAGACAACAGUGGGCAGUAAAUAUCUUUGAUUGUUUUUGUUAAUGUAAUUGGAGCUGUUGGUUUGUGUUCAGGCUGUUUUCAGACACUUUUCACAAGCUUUUGAACACAAACAUCAAUCAUUUGAAUAUAUUUUUUUCUUGUCUAUUUUUCAUUUUGUGUGUAUGAAUAUUCUGGAAAAUUCUAUGGUAUUUGUCUUUUUUUUUUUUUUCUAAUUUUGAUUAUUGCUAAUCAUCUGGCAAAUUUUGUCUAAUUUGCUAAUCAUCUUUUCCCCAUGUUUUGAAAGAAACCAAGGGAACCUGCUCAGGUUUCAGAGGGUUAAAUUGUUUCAGUGUCAUACCUGAACAGGAAACACAAAUUUAUUGGUGAGAUUGAGACAGGUAGAAGAAUAUGUUCAAAAUGAUCCCUCAUACAUUUCCUGCAUACUAACUAUUUCUAUUAAUUUAAAAUAACCGUGAAAUUAAUUGUUCUUCGUUUUGCUGAGGACCCCCGGGGAGUCCCUGGACCCCACUUUGAAAACCACUGGGGUAUAUUAUCUGACUGAAAAUCUAUAUAUGUUGAUCACUUUGAUGAAGGUUCUCAAGUGUUUUUCUGCUGUAUGUGUCAGAAUAAACGUGAAAUGUGACUGUUUUGAUCUAUUUGACUUGAACAGUUAUGGGAUGUUCUCUAUAUGCAGAUUAAAAAAAAAAAAAACUCAGAAUAUCCGAGAUUAUCAAUGUAAAUUUACAAGAAAAAAAAAAAAAACACUAAAGUGACCAAUGCAUGCGAAACAACGCAAAUUCUGAGAUCAUAAAGAGAAACCAUCCUCCUGUUCCAUGAACAAGAACAUCGGAAACUACAGAUUUGCUCUCUUGGUGGUAAAAACUUUAAAUGAAAUGAAACCUUCAACAGACACAGGAGAGAAACUAUUAAGCUGGUCAUUCUGUGGUAAAGCUGUAAAGUGUUUUCGUGAAGCAUAAUUUAAAAAAAAAAAAAAAAAAAAAAA